AUGGCAGGCAGAAAGCGAGAAAUCCAGCUACAGACUGUCGUCAAUAGCCAAGCCCAGUGGGAUGAGAUGCUGCUGCAGAACAAGGGGCUGACAGUGAUUGAUGUUUACCAAGCCUGGUGUGGACCGUGCAAGGCAAUGCAAACUUUAUUCCGAAAACUGAAAAACGAGCUGAAUGAAGACGAAUUACUGCAUUUUGUUGUAGCUGAGGCUGACAACAUUGUGACUUUGCAAUCAUUUAAAGAUAAGUGUGAACCUGUUUUUCUCUUUUGUGUUAAUGGGAAAAUAGUGGAAAAGGUCAAGGGAGCUAAUGCACCACUUGUUAAUAAAAAAAUUCUUAGAUUGGUCGAAGAGGAGAGAAAAAUUAUGCAAGGUGAAAUGGGCCGCCCUCAGUAUAAUGAAAUUGUCCUUGUAGACAGUGAUGAGGAAUAUAAUGUGGAAGGACCACCUGAAGAACCUGAGGAACUAUAUAACAUUGUCAUCAUCAGACCUGAUGCGGUAAUGAAUGGAAAAACUUUUGAAAUUAAAGAUAAGAUUGCCAGGGCAGGAUUUAUUAUAGAAGCAGAUGCUACGAAAUUGCUUACUGAAGAACAAGUAAGGGAGUUCUAUAGCAAAAUGGAUGAUCAGCCUGACUUUGAAGAUUUUAUCUCUUUCAUGACAAGUACCAUCAGUUAUAUUCUAAUUAUAUCUCAAGGAGAAAUGUUUCCUGAGAAAGAACCAGAACCUAGUCCUGAUAUGGAAUCCGAAGACUAUUUUGCUCCAGAUACUCAAAAUUACUCAGAGAUAAAACAAAGCAAGCGGAACAGUUUACAAGAACAUCUGGAAAGACAUCAGCUGUCCUCAUUUUGUGAUGUUGAAAAAAAUCCUACAAAAGUGGAUAAGCUUAUUGAUAUUUUCUUCCCUGAUUUUAAAGCCAAGAAGACCAUAAAGUUAGAAAAGAUACUGGUGUUGCUUCGACCAGAUCUCUUUCGAGAAAGAAAAGAUGAUGUUUUAAAUAUCCUGCAAGAGGAAGGGUUUAAAAUAUUGAUGCAAAGACAAGUAGUUUUAUCAGAAGAUGAAGCACAGAUACUGUGCAAGGAAUAUGAACAUGAAGCUUAUUUUGAAGACCUUAUAGAAAACAUGAUCAGUGCUCCAUCUUUAGCCCUUGCUUUGUCAAGAAACAAUGGUUUACAGUACUGGAAAGAGAUAGUGGGACCAAGUUCCGUUGAUGAAGCCAAACAAUAUUUUCCAGGGAGUUUAUGUGAUCAAUUUGCAAUGGAAAGUUUGCCUAUCAAUCAGUUGUAUGGGAGUACUUCAUUAGAAGCUGCUGAACGGGAGAUACAAUAUUUCUUCCCUCUUGAAUAUACUAUAGCAGUGAUUAAACCUCAUGUAUCACUUGAAGAAAGAGAGGAGAUCAUAAAUCUUAUCAAAGAAAAUGGAUUUGAGAUAAUCAAAACAAAGGAAAUAGUUAUAACUGAAGAGUAUGCAGAAAAAAUUUAUUACUCUAUAAAAUCAAAGCCCUUUUAUAAAGAUGUGCUGGAAAUGUUAUCUGAGAACACAUCUUUUGUUAUGAUUCUGAGCAAGUGGAAUGCUGUUUCUGAAUGGAGACGAUUAAUGGGGCCCAUAGACCCAGAAGAAGCAAAACUACUGUCCCCAAAUUCCAUUCGUGCCCGAUAUGGAAAAAGUAUUUUGAAAAAUGCUGUCCAUGGAGCAUCUAGCAACUUUGAUGCAGGGGAAAGUAUAAGUAAAAUAUUUGAAGACUUUGUUAUUGAGACACCAAAGUAA